GUGCGAUUAACAGACGGUCUAUCAACCCUAUGUAAUUUUCACAGUGAACAAUUCUUUCAGCAGACAAAUAUUUUUUCGUACGAAGAUUUAUUCGCAUUUUCAUCAACGCCGAACAGUUCGUAAUUCGUAGACAGAAUUAGGCCGUUCUAUUUAGCCGAACUUCUUACACGGUUUAUCUUUUCUCUUUUUCUCUCCAACGUAAAAAGAAAAAGAGGAAAGAUGAACCGUGCAAGAAGUUCAGCUAAAAAGAACAGGCUUAAUGAGACACUCUGAUCCCAAACCGUGUUCUUUCAGUUAUUUCACAGCUAUCUCGAGCAGUCUCAGACUUUCAAGAAUUGACCAAUCACAGUAAAUUAUUCUCCUCAAAUUCGAUUGUGCGUGGUCAAUUCUUACGACUCACGACCAUACGACUCGCAUUGUAGACCUAGCGUUACAAGUUCAUAUGUAAUGCUACACUUAUAUAUGGCUAUACGCAAUGUUUGAUUUUUUAAUUAACAGAUACAAAAGUGUCAAAAGUUAUCGUAAAAUUCUAAUUUACAUGGAGCUUAUAGAUUACGCAAUAAACAAUACUUUCUGCAUUAUAACGCGAGAGACAGAGAACAUCAUGUGGCUGUUCUCAUCUAUACUGUUCGAAGCUAGCCGAAGUUCCGAGCGCCUGUUGUAUCAUACAACUAUGUGUGUGCAACAUACAUACGUAUAUCCCUUCUAUUUGGGUGUGUGUGUGCGUGUGUGAGUGUGUGUAAGUGUGUGUGUCCCCACCAUCCGAUUUUCGGGUGAGCAACUUCUUCAUUCUGGCAUCAGAAUCUCGUCCACCAGAUGACGCCAGUUCGCUGGAUGCAAUUCACGUAUUUUCGGGCUCCAAUUUGUUCUCCUGCUCCGCUCCACAGCUGAGAACGAUUCUCAAUUGGCGGCUCGUUCAUUCAAUAAGUCCAGAAUUGUUAUCGGGAAUUUCUUCUGUGAUUGAUCGCGAUCAAUCACGAUCCAUCAGCUCGCGAUGAAAGGGCAAGAACUGAAGGCGAUAAUAUGGAGCAAGGUGGAUGGCAAGCUGGAGAUCCUGAAUCAAGUGCUGUUGCCGGAAAACACUCACUACAUCCAGGUCAAAAACGUCAAGGAUGGCUGGCAGGUGAUCAACAAGAUGCAGGUACGAGGCGCACCAGCUAUAGCUAUCGUGGGCAGCCUCAGCCUGGCAGUGCAGAUCCUUCAAGAUCCAGACAUCUACGAGGACAAGAAAGCUCUUUGUCAAACUAUCGAGGAUAACCUGCGCUACCUACUAACGGCACGUCCCACCGCGGUCAACAUGAAAACGGCAGCCGACGAGCUCAUAAGCCUGGCACGUGAUCUCACUAAGGAUGCCUCGUGCACGCUGUCCCAGAUGAGAGACAAAUUCAUAGACCAUAUAGAUGAGAUGCUGAAGAUAGAUGUGGCGAACAACAAAGCGAUCGGGAAUUUUGGAGCGCGCGACAUUCUGCGCAAUUUGCCCGAGGGGAGUUUUAUCAAGGUUUUAACCCACUGCAAUACCGGCAGUCUCGCCACUGCAGGAUACGGCACAGCUUUAGGCGUCAUCAGAUCUCUCGAGGAGAUGGGAAGGCUCGGACACGUCUAUUGUACCGAGACCAGACCGUACAAUCAGGGCGCCCGUUUGACUGCCUACGAACUGGUGCAUGACCACAUACCGGCAACUCUGAUCUGCGACGACAUGGUCGCUGCGUUAAUGAAAACGAAACAGCUCGCCGCGGUGGUUGUCGGCGCGGACAGGAUCGCCAUGAACGGCGACACCGCGAACAAAAUUGGAACUUAUCAGAUUGCGAUUCUCGCCAAGUAUCACAACGUCCCUUUCUACGUGGCUGCACCACUGACGUCCGUGGACUUCCAAAUGCCCGACGGUGACGGCAUAGUCAUCGAAGAGCGACCCGCACGAGAGAUGACCGAGAUAAACAACCAGAGCAUCGCGGCACAUGGCAUAAUGUGUUGGAAUCCGGCGUUCGACGUGACCCCGGCGAGUUUAAUCACCGGAAUAAUUACGGAAAUCGGCGUUUUCAAGCCGUCAGAAUUGAUUAAUGCGAAAGAGAAACGUAUCUCCGAAGAAAACGUCCUUUCGUAGACAUAUAAUGCGCCCGCGAGCAUUUAUGUGUAUUUAUCAAUUAUGUGUAUAUUACCAAUUGUAAAUGUCGAGAUGCAUGACUGGUUUAGUUUAAUAUCUUGCGAACAGUGCCAUGAAAAAUACAAUACUUGUAUAAUAUAAGAGCUCAGGAAAUUCAAUUUUGUAUCGAACUGUAUAAUUUUAUAUUAAGUCUUUUAUUGAAAUUGUAAGGAUGUAUAUGAAUGUUAUUGUUAUAUUAUGCCAACGGCAUUCCAUAUUGCUGCGCUAAGUUAUUUCUAAAGAUUUAUAAUCUAUCGAAUAAACUUUUUAUCCGUUUUCGUGGA